ACGACAAACAAAGAUAUAUAACAAUCACAAGAUGUAAUGUUGUCAUUCUUUCCAUUUUCAAUUUUAUGUGUUUAACUUGCCUAGAACUUUAGUUUUAUGUGUUUUCACUAGCCUAAAAAAUGGUGCAAUUUUUUUUAUCUCGAAGUUACGAUAGAGUUGUAUAAUAUGCUUUAUUUUUUUUUUCCAUGUUCUAGAUCCAUGAUUUUUAAGUUUCGUUUUCAAUCACGAGCUUAGAUAUUUUGAACCCUAUUUUUUUUUAUUUUGAUAGAAGAUAUUUUGAACUCUAAUGUAGUAGGACGAUUCUUUUCGCCAUUUUCAUUAGGGCUGGCAAGAAAAUAACUCUCAGAAAAAUAUUGUGAGACGCUAAUUGUUUUCAUCCAAAAUAUUUGAUGAGUUGACACUUCAUAUGAAUUCAAGUCAUUUUUACUACAAAUGUCACGAUACCUAUGUAAAUCUAUGACUUUUUUUGUAUGCGCACUAGUUUCUUCCUUGUUGUUGAUUUUCGCACUCCCAAAACAACGUGUUUUAUUCUAUUCGAAAUGUUUAAUUUAUUUAUAGAAGUUAAGAUUGAAAUAUUUUAUUAUCAUCCACACGUUAGCAAUUGAUAAUUUUAUUACGUGUCAUUUAUUUUUCCACCCUUUAUGUCUAGAUUUUGAAAAAGCACAAUUAAUUUUUACACUGAAUCAGAAAUAUAGAUACUAGGCGGACAAAUCAGGUAUUUCACUAUUUCCUUAGGGAAGGACUAUUUUGAAAUACUGAAAUGUGGACAAUUUUCCCAUUUAAUUACUUUAUUUAUACUCGCUUCUAGAACUUUCUCCCUUUUCCCAUUUUCCAGCAAAAAGAUCUCCUUCUCCCUCGUUUAUUCUCAUGUAAAUCGCGACUCCAUGCCAGCCUCGCCAAAAUAUCGACGGCCGAGAUCUCGGUAGGCUUUUUUCGCGACUUUGACGCCUACCUGUCUUCCUAGUUCCUACUGGCAAGGCCAAGGCGAGAAUGGUUUUGAAUUUUGACCUUUCUGGCUUUUUUUUCUUCUUCUUUUACUUAUUUUCCAUCGUACGUUUUCCUUGCGCUUCAAUCCAGCCCUCUAUAUUCACUCUCCCCACGACUUUUCCCCCAAACAAUACACACACAAACCUCUCAUUUAAUUUCACACUUUUUUUGCUGCCCGCCCACCUUCCCUUCUCCCUCUUUCUAGGAAGAAAGAAAAAAAACAGAGGAGCAGGGUUUUAGUAGGGUUUUAGCAGCCGACCGCCAUGAAAGGUUUCCAGAUCUUCCGCAGAGCCUCCACGGCCAUUCGUAACCGCGCUACACCGUCCAAGAUUCUGAUCGUCCUCACCUUCGGCGCCGCCGGCGGAGCCUUUUUGGCGAUUUCAGACGACUCGCCGUUCGGGAGCUUGACCGCCGGCGAGUCCGGGAACGACGGCGGGAAGAAGAAGAAGCUGGUGGUGUUGGGAACAGGAUGGGGAGGCACUACUUUCCUCAAGAAUCUCAAGACUUCCGCCUACGACGUUCACGUCGUCUCGCCUCACAAUUACUUCACCUUCACUCCUCUCCUGCCCAGCGUCACCAAUGGCACCGUCGAAGCUCGCAGCAUCGUCGAACCCAUCCGGAACAUCGUCCGCAAUAAACCAUACAAUGUGGAAUUCAAGGAAGCAGAGUGCUACAGGAUCGACCCUGUGAACAAGAAAGUAUACUGCCGUUCCAUUCAGAAUCUGGGUCAUGGAGAGAAUGAAUUCGCAUUGGAUUACGAUGUGUUGGUUAUAGCCAUGGGAGCUCGAGUUAACACCUUCAACACCCCUGGUGUUGAAGAACACGCCCAUUUCCUCAAGGAAGUUGACGAUGCCCAGAAGCUUAGAAGGUCCAUAAUCGACUGUUACGAGCGAGCCAGCCUUCCGACCAUUAGCGACGAAGAGAAGAAGCGAAUUAUGCAUUUUGUGGUCGUCGGUGGAGGUCCAACUGGAGUCGAGUAUGCUGCAGAGCUCCAUGAUUUUGCCUCUCAAGACUUGGCCAGUCUGUACCCAUCUCUGAAGGAUUAUCUGAAGAUCACAUUGCUCGAAGCAGGAAACCACAUUUUGCCCAUGUUUCACAAGAAAGUUACAGAUUUUGCGAACGAGAAGUUCCAGAAGGAUCAGAUCGACGUGAAGACGGGAUCAAUGGUGGUGAAGGUUUCCGACAAGGAUAUCUCCACCAAGAACAGAGCCACAGGCCAAAUCGAGGCCAUCCCCUAUGGGGUCGUUCUCUGGUCGACUGGAAUCGCCACACGCCCUGUGAUUGCAGAGUUCAUGGAGAAGAUUGGGCAGGCUGGUAGGCGUGUCAUGGCGAUCGAUGAAUGGCUCAAGGUACAAGGAUGUGAUGACGUGUAUGCUCUUGGCGAUUGCGCCUCCAUAGCUCAACGAAAAGCCCUGGAAGAUGCUGCGGCUAUAAUGAAGACUGUGGACAAGAACAAUGCCGGUGCUGUAGAUGUCGGGGACUUCAAGGAAUUCGUGAAAGACAUCUACGAGAGGUAUCCACAGGUCAGGAAGUACUUGGAGAAGAACAAGCUGAAGAACUUUGAAGCUCUGUUGAGGAAUGCUCAGGGGGAUGCCCAGAAGAAGAUAGACAUUGAAGCUCUUAAGAAGGCAUUAUCUGAAGUCGAUUCUCAAGUGUCGUUUCUCCCACCAACUGCCCAGGUGGCGUCUCAGCAAGGGAAAUAUCUGGCAGCUUGUUUCAACAAAGCUGGGCGCUGCGAGAAGAAACCCGAAGGCCCUUUCAGGUUCCAGGAAAAUGCUGGGCGUUACCCUUUCCAUCCUUUCAGUUACAAGCAUUCUGGGCAAUUUGCUCCACUGGGUGGCGAACAAGCUGCUGUCCAGUUUCCUGGAGAUUGGGUUUCCAUUGGCCAUGCCAGUCAGGGUCUCUGGUAUACAGUUUAUGCAAGCAAGCUUGUGACAUGGCGAACAAAGGUGCUGGUUGUAUCGGACUGGUUCAGGAGAUUCACAUUUGGGAGGGAUUCAAGUCACCUUUGAAGCUGCCACAGGGUUGGUCAAACUGUUUGAGCGUAUACACAACAAUGUUUUCUAGGGAUAACCAAACGACCGUUGUUCUGCAGUUUUAUUUUGCAUCCCUUUACCAGAAGUGAUUUCUCUGCUGGGUUGCCAAGUUUUGAUGAUUUUCAUUCUUUUUGUCGGUAUGAGUUGUGAUCACAAACAAGAGGAACGAGCUUUAAAGCUCGGUCCAAACAAUUUUAAUGGCGUUCUUCAGUUUUGUUACAAUAUCUACAUAGCUUGAGAAUCGUGAUCAUAUACUCCAUUUUUCUCUUGAUCAAGCCUUGACAAAACUAAAAUUGUUUGGCCACUGGGUUGUUAAAAUAUAGUAUUUGGAAGGUUCCACAUAAGUACAUAACAAAUUAAAUGUUAGGUC